CGGCGCUAGGAGGGAGCGGAAUGGCUGCAGCAGUUACAUUGUAUUCGUAGUGGAUCCCGGGAGCAGCGGCGGAGCCUGUUGUUUGUUGGAGCGGUCGCCUGUGAGAGAAGUGCGGGCUCCGGGGGCAGCGCUAUUGUCGCACCGUUCUGGACCGGAGGCUGCGGCUUCUGCUGGGGAGGAUGAUGAGCCGUCCCGGGUGGCUGUGGGCGCCGGGCGCCGUCCUUCUGCUGCUCUUCCUGGUCUCCCCUUCCUCAGGUGGGCCCAGCGGGGUCUCCUCGCCGCCCCCCUGCCCGGUGCCGUGCCGCUGUAACGCCGAGAGGGGAGUGGAUUGCUCCGGGAGAGGACUGGUCGCGGUACCGGAGGGUCUGAGCGUCUUCACCAACAUGCUGGACAUCAGUAUGAACAACAUCACAAAGUUGCCAGAGGGUGCAUUUAAAGGCUUGCCUUAUCUCGUAGAACUGCGGCUGGCGGGCAAUGACCUCUCUUUCAUCCAUCCCAUGGCCUUGUCUGGCCUGAGAGAACUCAAAGUCCUGACCCUUCAGAACAACCAGCUGAAGACUGUUCCUAGCGAGGCUUUAAGGGUUCUAGGAUCUCUUCAGUCCCUGCGACUAGACGCAAACCACAUUGUCACUGUGCCAGAUGACAGCUUUGAGGGUCUUGUGCAGCUCAGGCAUCUAUGGCUGGAUGACAACAGCUUAACAGAGGUGCCCGUCCGUCCUCUCGGCAAUCUCCCAUCCCUCCAGGCCUUGACUCUGGCUCUGAACAAAAUCGCUCACAUACCAGAUUAUGCCUUCUCCAAUCUCUCCAGCUUGGUUGUUUUACAUCUUCACAACAAUAAAAUUAAAACCCUCUCCCCCCACUGCUUCGAUGGACUGGACAGUCUGGAGGCGCUUGACCUGAAUUACAAUAACCUUGAGGAGUUCCCUGAUGUCAUAAAGUCCCUGAAUAACUUGAAGGAGCUAGGUUUCCACAGCAAUUUCAUUACUACAAUUCCUGAUGGAGCAUUUGAGAAAAACCCUUUACUAAAAAGCAUACAACUUUAUGACAAUCCUUUGUCUUUUGUUGGGAAUUCAGCUUUUCAGAACUUAUCAGACCUCCGCUUCUUGGUGAUUCGAGGGGCGUCUGAUAUCCAGUGGUUUCCAAACCUAACAGGAACAGUAAAUCUGGAAAGCCUGACCUUGACAGGCACCAAGAUAAGAAGCAUCCCACUGAACUUGUGCCAGGAGCAGAAGAUGCUUCGAUCCCUGGACCUAUCUUACAACGAGAUCACAUCACUGACCGGACUGAGAGGCUGCGGCUCGCUGGAAGAAGUUUCCCUGCAGCACAACCAGAUCACAGAGGUACAGAACGAGUCUUUACAAGGCCUCACCUCCCUCCGCAUGCUGGACCUCAGUAGGAACUCCAUCAGCAGGAUCCACAGUGACUCCUUCAGCACCCUGACCUCUAUAUCCAGACUGGACCUGAGUUUUAAUCAGUUGUCUUCGUUUACAACUGGAGGACUACACGGCCUGACACAACUAAAACUGACUGGAAAUCCUACGUUCAGAGAUUCGCUGUCAGCUAAAGACUUUCUUAAGUUGCAGUCUGUGUCUGUUCCAUAUGCUUAUCAGUGCUGUGCAUUCUCUGCAUGUGACUCUUAUGUGACCUCCAGUGUGGAAGAUGAUGGGUCCAAGUACCAGAAGCUUCUACAGGAUCAUGAGAAAGGUGCCGUUGAAGAUUACAUGAUAUCAGAGGAAGUUAAAGACCAUGUGCAGACAGUUGUUCAUUGCAAUCCACCUACAGGAGCUUUCAAACCCUGUGAGUUUCUGCUUGGCAGCUGGAUGAUUCGGCUCACCGUAUGGUUCAUCUUUCUGCUCGCCGUAGUCUUCAAUGUCAUAGUCAUCAUGACCAUGUUUGCUUCCUGUUCCACCAUGUCCUCCUCCAAGCUCUUUGUGGGCCUCAUUGCCAUCUCCAACCUCUUCAUGGGUAUAUAUACAGGAAUUUUGACUGUAUUGGACACAGCCUCUUGGGGACAGUUUGCGGAGUUUGGCAUCUGGUGGGAAACUGGCAGUGGAUGUAAAGUGGCUGGGUUCCUUGCAAUUUUCUCUUCAGAGAGUGCCAUUUUCUUCUUGACCUUGGCAGCCAUUGAACGGAGCUUGUCUGCAAAGGAUAUAAUUAAGAAGGAAAAGAGCCAGCAUUUAAAGAAAUUUCAGAUUGCUUCAGUCGUCGCUCUGUUUCUUGCAAUAGCAGCAGGAUGUUUGCCUUUGUUUCACGUUGGAGAAUUUUCCUCCUCUCCCCUGUGCUUGCCUUUCCCUACUGGAGAGACACCAUCUUUAGGCUUUACAGUUACUCUGGUUCUUCUAAACUCCUUGGCAUUUUUAGUGAUGGUUAUAACAUAUACAAAACUAUACUGCUCUUUGGAGAAAGAAGACCUUUCUGAGAACACAGAGUCCAGUAUGAUCAAACAUGUCGCCUGGCUCAUCUUUACCAACUGUAUCUUCUUUUGUCCUGUUGCCUUCUUCUCAUUUGCCCCGCUGAUCACUGCAAUAUCCAUAACCCCUGAAAUCAUGAAAUCCGUGACUUUGAUAUUUUUCCCAUUGCCAGCUUGCCUCAACCCUGUACUGUAUGUUUUCUUUAACCCCAAGUUUAAGGAAGACUGGAAGCUUCUAAGGUGGCAUUUGACCAAGAGACGUGGCUCUGUUGCAGUCGCGACUAAUGCCCAGAGGGGAUGUGUGACUCAGGAUUUUUACUAUGACUUUGGAAUGUAUUCUCAUCUACAAGGCAACUAUGCAGUGUGUGAUUACUGCGAGUCGGUUCUCCUAAAGAAUCCGCCAACCUGUAAACACUUAAUAAAAUCUCAUAGUUGUCCAACGUUGGCCGUCGUGCCCUGCCACCGGUCAGAAAACUACUGGUCAGACAUUGGGACUCAGUCUGCCCACUCAGACUGCGCAGAUGAAGAAGAUUCAUUUGUGUCUGAUAGUUCGGACCAGGUCCAGGCUUGCGGUCGAGCCUGCUUUUACCAGAGUCGUGGCUUUCCAUUGGUUCGUUAUGCGUAUAAUAUACCAAGAAUGAAAGACUGAGCAAAUGCUUGUGGGAUCUAUUCAUAAGAAAUAUAUAACGGUGGUCGAAGAGCACAAACCAUGAACGACCUAACAUCAAAGGGAGCACUUUUAUAAGCAUGUCACUUAUAAGAAGGGAAGCGGACAAAGGAUGUCAGGACUCUUAAAUGAAACCCUUUGUUGUCUAUGGGGCCGUGUAUUUUGCGCUGCAAGCAGUUACAUGCCUCUGCAGGAGACAGAAGUCUAAAGACUGACUGUUUGGACUACAAAUAAUGUGUAAACCAAAAUUUUACCUGCAAUCAUUUUGUUUUGUCUGUCGUCUAAUUUACGUAACUUGUCGUCAUCCCCCCAGUAUAAUGUCUUUUGUAUGUUAGCUCAACGUUGUUGUGUACAUCGGUCAUGUAGCACCAUGCAGAUAUUGAGUGAGUGUCGUCAUAUGAAGACAGCUGUCAAUCAUUCUGCAGCAAAGUAGCCUGUAUGUUUAGUAGCUUCGAAUAACUUGCUGCAGGGCUGAAAAGGGAUCCACUCCCUGUGUCUGUGAAACUGUGAUCCUAAGCAAGGUCGAGUAAAUGGAGCUAGUUUGUUGUACUCAAGGUCUAUCGCAACUAGUGGUGCCACGAAGAUGUGUGCUCUAUGUAACAACUGUCCUAUAGGUAAACCUAGACCAAAAAAAAAGUUACAGUAUUAUCUAUGUUAACACUUACAAGGGCUAGAAAUAUUCUAGGGACAGUAAUGGGUUUUCUAGUAAUAGAGAAUAGUGCACAGGUUUAAUACAUUUUAUAAUCCAAAUGGCUUUUUGGGGAAUCGCUGUAUUUGUGACUGAUACAGCGGGUACAGUUUGUAGCAGUUCAGAAGUAAUAUUAAUCGUGCCUUAUUGAUUUCUAGGUAAGAUAUGUCUUAAAGUGUCCUGUUUUAGCACCCACGUUAGGCCGCAUGACUGGCCAGAAUUCACCUGUCUGUCCUUAUCAUGAUUUAUAAUAUCUGUUAUAAAGAACGGCCUGAUAACUUUCAAUUCCACCUGCCUCAGUAGGGUUGGAUGCUCAGUAAUAGAAAUUCUGCCAUGGGAAUGCACAAAACUUGGUACGAAGACUGAAAAUGACACAUAAUAGGUGCCAAUGUAUGUCAUAUGGAAGGAUGUUUCCAUAAAUUGCAUACUCUGAGCAUCUAUAAUAAGAUCCAUGGAUAAGCUAUUACACUUGCAGACUUAGAGGGUGUGUGUGUGUUUAUUAAGAGGUCUUCAGUUUUACCUCAGAAACGUCACUUCAUGUUUGUGGGCUUUGUAUUGCAGCUUAUCCACAUCAAAUAAAUGGAGCUAAGCUGCAAUACCACACCCAAUUUAUGGACAAGAGUGGUGCUGUUAGAGUUUAAAAAACAAACAAACAAAAAAGAAUCUAUUCUCAUGCAAUCGUAACCUGAUUGGAAACAGAAUGGUUAAAAUCUCAGCAGUUCCCAUAGAGGGUGAUGUUGCCUUAUCCUGCCAAAAUGACAAUCAUGUAAUGUCUAGGGGCUCCUCCAGGGUGGAGAUUCCAUUAACUGGUGCACAAAGGAACUAUAAACACUGCGAAUAGUUUGAAGAUUCUGCAGGGAGCAAUUGAAAUCUGUUGUGACAUCUUGGUAAACUAUGGGGCACAUCUCGAUCCUGGCCCUCCUUAUUCCCAGGCUUUACCACAAAACCACAUCUGAAAUGUCCUUUCAAGUUUAAAUUCCCUUUCCUUUAAAAGUGGGUUGCAAAAAGAGGAAAUCCUCAUUAAUCAGAAGGGUCCUCUUUUAAGUUUACCCCAAGUAAUCAGCUGUAGUAUGUGCAGAACAGACAGCAAGUGUUCACUUCUCCUGCAGCACCGCCACAGGAGAAGUGAAGUAUUACACUAUGCAUAUACGAAACAAAAGGUUGCCUGGUCAUCCAGAGAUGCCAUUUUUAGCCUCUCCCCGUGUUCUGGCUAAAAAAAACAUUGGUCCUAAAUGGGGAAUCCCGACAAAACUAUUAGGCCCCAGUUAAACAGUGUGUCUGCCCGGAAAGUUUACAGGUGGACAUUCCACUAGCUGCAGGUGCCAGC